AUGAAUGUUCUCUUGCUUCUCUUUGCAUUUCUCCCAGUUAUUCUUGUUCCUGCUCAUGCCAGAAUCUUAUCAGAGAGUGCAGGAGGAAAGUUGGCCUUGAUUAUAACCAUUUAUGGAAGGAAACCUCCGAGCCCACCACCAUCCCCAUCAUCAUCUCCUCCAACCCAUCAAUCUACAAUUGGUUCCACAGCUUCUCCACCACCAGCUCCACCACGUACAAAACCAAUAGGUCAAGGAACAAGCUACGAAAGAGCUCGAUCCCCCCCCGCCUUCGCCGAAGCCAGCACCGCCACAUAUACAGCUUGGAAGUGGUACUUCUCCAUGCAAUAG